UCAUAUUUUCUCCUUUCCACAGCUGAAGGAUCCCAGGCCCAGCGAACACAUUCACAUCAGAUCAGCAGUGAGGCAGCUGGUGCAGGAAGGGCGGAGACCAGCUGCAAUCGGGAGAGACCCAUUGCUGAGCGAAGCGAAAGUGAAAGUGACUUUCCUCUUUCUCCUAGGUGCCCAUGGCCGCAAGAGGGAGGAUACAGGAGCUGCAGGAGGCUGUUACCUGCUCCGUUUGCCUGGCUUAUUUUAACGACUCGGUGAUUCACAUCAAGUGCGGGCACCACUUCUGCCGAGCCUGCAUCGCUCAGCACUGCCAGGAGUCCAGAACCUCCCCCCGGUGUCCCUGCCCUGAGUGCAGGGACCCCUUCCGGGCAGGGGAGUUCCAGCCCAACCGGGGGCUCAGGAACGUGCUGGAAAUAGCCAAAAAAUUCCCAGCGCCAAGCGGGGGGAGAGCGUGUGAAAAACACGAGGAGCUUUUGAAACUCUUCUGCGAAGUGGAUCAAACCCCGAUCUGCCUGGUGUGCAGAGAGUCCCGCAGCCACAAGGACCACCCCGUGCUUCCUAUCAAGGAGGCGGCCCAGGAUUACCAGGAACAAAUUCAGAGACAUUUGGAGAGUUGGAAAAAAGAGAGAGACGAGAUUCUGUCAUAUAAAUCGAGUGGGGAAAAUACAAGCCAGGAACUACUGAAACAGCUAAAAACUGGGAGGCAAAAGAUUGUGGCUGAAUUUCAGCAACUGCGCCAGUUUCUGGAGGAACAAGAGCGACUCCUGCUGGCCCAGCUGGAAGAGCUGAAUAAGGAAAUUGAAAAGAGGAGGGAUGAAUAUGUUUCUAAACUAUCUGAGGAACUAUCCUCUUUCAGUUCCCUGAUAAGUGAGAUGGAGCAGAAGUGCCAGCUGCCGGCGAGUGAAUUCCUGCAGGACAUCAAAGGCACCUUGAGCAGAUGCGAGAGGGAGAAGUUUCAGAACCCAGGGGCCUUUUCUUCUGAACUGAAAUGGAGAAUCUGGAAAUCUUCUCAAAGAAAUGCACCUCUGGAGACCAGAAUGAAGGAAUUCACAGACUCACUGUCGUCUAGGUGCCGGUUGGACAAAGCGAACGUGACUCUGGAUCCAGACACGGCCCAUCCCGAGCUCAUCCUGUCUGCGGAUCGGAGAAGUGUGAGAGAGGGAAACACACGGCAGAACCUGCCCAACAACCCUGAAAGAUUUGACAGUUGGACCUGUGUGCUGGGCUGUGAGGGAUUCACCUCGGGCCGACACUACUGGGAGGUGGAGGUGGGCGUUGGGGGAUUCUGGUCUGUGGGGGUGGCCAGGGAGUCUGUGAGCAGGAAGGGAUGGAUGAGCCUUACCCCUGAGCAGGAGAUCUGGACUGUGUGGUGCAGUAAGGAUCAGUGCUGGGCUUCCACGUCCCCUCUGCAGCGCAUCCCCUUCCCCCCGAGCUCAGCACCCCGCAGGAUCCGGGUGUAUCUGGACUAUGAACGGGGGCAGGUGUCGUUUUUCGAUGCUGGUACCUGGGACCCGAUCGUCACUUUCCCGCCGGCCUCUUUCACCGGGGAGAGAAUCCGUCCAUUCUUCUGGGCUGUUGAUUGUACUGUGCAGCUCCUCUAGCCACCACCCCCUGAUCUCUAUGGCCUGGAGGACUCAGCUGCGCCCGCCCCCACCCCCCACAGGGCUGAAGGGGGGUGACGCUCUACCCGGAGCUCUGUGGCUGUGGAGGUCUGUGUGAGGCGCUCUAGGAUCGGUCUCUGUGAUCCUGGGAGGCCAACUCUAUGUGGGGGGGGGGGUCCCACCAAGGAAGGAGGGAGCCCCCUGUGGGAGGGACCCUGCCAAGGGCCAGGAAGAGACCC